ACUAUUCGCUGCUUCGAGUGGAAGGUGCUCGUUUGUUGUUCAUUGUAUUUUGGUAUUUCUUUCUGCCAAGAAUCCUUGGCGCAAACCAUGCGACGACUGGUUUUUGCAUUGACCUUGGUCGGCACGACUUUGGUUACGGCGUUCCCGCAAGAAAAAGGUAGUCUCGACGACCUCAUCGAUCAGGUGUUCCCCACAAAUGCUACAGCGACCCCUCAGGGCAGCGACGUCGAUAGCAUCAUCAAAGACGUCUUCGGCAACCCCAACACUACUUCUUCAAAUGUCACCCUCGGCAUCGCGAAUCAAACACCUUUGAAACCUGACGACUGCGAAUGUGUGCCUUAUUAUCAGUGCAAAGAAGGCAAGAUCUUGGAUAACGGAAUCGGCAUCAUCGAUAUCAGGUCCGAUUUUGGUGAUAAGGAUGAGAAGCCUUCGGGAGCUCUUGGGGUAUGCGAUAAUUACUUGGAUGUUUGCUGCAAACCACCGGAUCUACAGCCACCAGCCACGCCUAAACCAAUCGGUAGAAAAGGAUGUGGACAGCGACAUGCUGAAGGAGUUGGUUUCAGGAUCACCGGUCAAACCGAUAAUGAGGCUCAGUUCGGCGAAUUUCCAUGGAUGGUGGCUAUUUUGAAAGAAGAGGCUAUUGGCAGCAAUGGCCAGAAAUUAAAUGUUUACCAAUGUGGCGGAGCUCUUAUUCACAGGAAGGCUGUUCUCACUGCAGCUCACUGCGUCAAUGGUAAGCAGCCACAGGAGCUGAAAAUUCGCGCGGGAGAAUGGGACACACAGACGAAGAACGAAAUCUAUCCGCAUCAAGACCGCGAAGUUGAGAAAGUCAUAGUUCACGAAGGCUUCCAUUCCGGUGCGCUUUACAAUGAUUAUGCCGUCCUGAUCCUCAAAACUCCAGUCGAGUACGCGGAGAAUGUUGAUAUCGUGUGUCUAGCAGAAAUAAACGCAAACUUUGACGGAUCCAGAUGUUUCGCCAGCGGAUGGGGAAAAGACAUAUUCGGCAAAGAGGGACGUUAUCAAGUGAUCUUAAAGAAGGUGGAUCUUCCGAUAAUACAACAUAAUACGUGUCAAAAUGUUAUGCGUACUACUAGAUUGGGAAAAUACUUUCUUCUAGACAAAAGUUUUAUCUGCGCGGGUGGAGAAGCAGGAAAAGAUACCUGCAAGGGCGACGGUGGAAGUCCCCUCGUGUGCCCACUAAGGAAUGAUCCGGCCAGAUACGUUCAAGCUGGCAUCGUAUCUUGGGGUCUUGGCUGCGGUGAAAUGGGAACUCCCGGCGUUUAUGCUAAUAUAGCCUAUGGUCGUCAAUGGAUCGACGAGCAAAUGGCCUUCCACGAUUUGGACAACAGCGUUUAUCAGUAUCCCAAUUGAUUUUUCUGCGCCCCAAUAUAAGAUUUAAUAAUUUUAGCAGAUCACAAAUAAUUCCAUUAAUAUUUAAAUAUUGAGUUCUUCUUACGUCAAAUAUUCUACAUUGACGACAAAUGUGAUGUUUGAUAAUAAGUUACGUUAACAGUCGAUAUAGAAUUCCAUGAAUCUCUCUAAUAUAUGUUAAGAGAUCUGCAUUCUUUUAUGUUUGUCACUUGAAUUAUCCAUUUAAAAGUGACUGUUGAUUUAUUUAGAGUGUUGUAUUACUCAUAAUUGGUGGCACGACCAAUUAAACAUUGCCCCUAAGGAUAACUUCUACCUUAAUCGGCCGAUUAAGUUAAUCGAAGUUGGUAAAAGUUACCCUAAGUGUUAGUCCCUUAAUGUAUAUUUUUAAUAUUUUUUAAAACUAUUUCAAAAAUACUUUUUAAAAUUUGUGUCAAAUAAAUAAAAUCUUGAAAAAAUAAAAUCGAAUCAUUAAACAUUGUAAAGAUGGAAUCACACCAAUCAAAAAAUGCUACGAAGCAUUUGUAACAUCAAGUGAACCGUAGCCUAAAUUCAACAUAAAGAGCAUAAGUCUUAUUUAAUCAAAAAGUAUAAUGUUGAUCUAAAUUACUUUAUCAGUAUUACUUUGUGCCAAAUUUUUGCGUUUUGCGAGAGAGGAAUAAAAUUAUUUUUUAAAUAAAUAAAUCGAAAAAUUCAAUUUGAAUUUUAAUUAUUUAAACAUUUGCACCGCAAUAAUUUUAUAGGACAGUUUAAGAUGAGUACUUGUUAAAUAAAGACAUAAAAAUAAAAAUGGAAUGGUUUCGAAGGGUA